AUGACUCAAGGCAACUUUUCUUCUCACCAUCGACGCAUUCCUUCCGGUUCGUAUGCCCCGAAGCUGAGAACAGCCCGGCCGGCACUACAUCGGAAAGGUACAUCCUUUGUGAAUCACUCCAUCUCGAAACUGGGUGCAGGACACCCCAAGCAUACUGAACCAGACGACGAUUGUCAGCCCGACAUGGCGGCCAGCUUUCUCAAUUUCUGUGCCAUGUGUGAAAGGCAGAUUACCGUACCGGACAAUUCUCGCCUUUAUUGCAGUGAAAGCUGCCGUCGCAAGGACUCCCAUAAACCACUCUCAGCUUCCUUCACAUCGAAUAAUACCAUGCCAUCUUCUACUACUCCACCCGCUUCUCCUCCUUUGUCUCCUCGAACCAUUGUACCACCAAUGACUCCUACCAGAGUUCCUAUCACAUCGACUGUGGCUACCCGGAUACAGAGUGAGUUCCACGACUCCAAGACGGAUCUGGAUCCCUCCGAAUGGAAACCGGUAAUACGCAUGGGUCCCGGCGGUUCAACCUCGAUGGUUUCCUCAGAAGCCUGGCAGUAUCUAUCUCAAUUCCAUAGCGGCUCCGCUCCCGUUCCCAUGCGCCGUUCCAGGGCCGGCCACCGCAGCUCGGCCAGUUUGUCUACGUUUACGGACAGUGCGGGUGCUCCUCCGUCGCUGACUCAUACCCCUUCAACUGCGGCAUCUUCGUUCAGCAGCAAUGCGUCCGAGGGUUACCUGAACGAGGCGGCUCAUCGCCCAUUGCCUCCCCGCCACAAACCCUACUUCUCAGGUAGUGCUAGUGGCACGAAGGGCGUUGAGCUUGUCGUACCUCACAUGCAGGCUUGUGCAGGGCACUCUGCUGUCGAUAUGAAUGGAGCAUCGAUCUUUCCGGCAAGCAGUGGCUUUUGGGGGGACUACAAUGGAAAGUCCCCCGCGACUGUCAGAAUCUCGGGCGCCCUACCCCUACACAACCCGGCGCGUCCGCAGUGA